AUGGCGCACCGCGACCAAGCACCGUAUGCGCCCCAAGACCCGAAGGAGAUCACCGAGCUGGUCCACACCCUCGAGGCGCACCAGGGCAAGAAGGGCAAGGGCGGCUUCUCCGUCAAGAAGCACACGUUCCCGCUCCCCAAUGGCCGCACUGUCGACUCGUGGAAGAUGAACGAGUGGGACUACAAGAAGGCAAACCUCCCCACAUACGCACGAGGACUCUUCACAUACAAGAACCGCGACGGCAACUACGAGAUCGCCACACGAGGCUACGACAAGUUCUUCAACCACGGCGAGGUCCCGAAGACUCAAUGGAAGAACGUGGAGCAACACACGCAGGGUCCGUACGAGCUGAGCGUCAAGGAGAACGGCUGCAUCAUCUUCAUAUCCGGUCUCGAUGAUGGCACAUUGUUGGUCUGCAGCAAGCAUUCUACCGGCCCACGAGGCGAGGAGCUCAGCCAUGCCUGCGCAGGCGAGAAGUGGGUCGAGCGCCAUGUUGCGACGGUUGGAAAGAGGAAGGAGGACCUCGCCCGCACACUCCGAUCCAUGAACGCGACAUUGGUGGCUGAGCUAUGCGACGACGACUUCGAAGAACACGUCCUAGCAUACACCCCCGAGCAGGCUGGUCUCUACGUCCACGGCAUAAACCUCAACCUACCCGAAUUCGCGACAUACCCUGGCCACCUGGUGGACAAGUUCGCCGAGGAGUGGGGCAUGAGGAAGGUCACAUAUGUUAUGGAGAACGACGUCAAGGAGGUUAAGAAGUUCCUGGACAAAGUCGCCGAGACGGGCAACUACGAAGGCCGCGACACAGAAGGCUUCGUCAUUCGGUGCCAGGCGCGCGAGACCGAGGAUGCACCGUAUGUGGAUUGGUUCUUCAAGUACAAGUUCGAGGAGCCAUACCUCAUGUACCGGCAGUGGCGUGAGUGCACUAGGGCCUUGAUCGCGGGUAAGCCACCGCGGUACAAGAAGCACGAAGCCAUUACGAAGGAGUACUUGGACUUUGCUCGCCGGCAGUUUGCCCAGAAUCAAGGUCUAGCCAAACAGUACAACGCGAAUCACGGCAUCAUCAAGAUGCGCGACGACUUCCUCAAGUUCCGCGGAACAACCGGUGCGGAUAUCAUCCGGCAGGAGCAGCUGAAUGGGCCUGUCGAGAGCAAGAAGGCCGACAGGAAUAUUGUACUUGUCCCAAUUGCGACUAUCGGUUGCGGAAAGACAACGUUGGCUCUCGCUUUGGUAAAGUUGUUCGGCUGGGGCCACUUCCAGAACGACAACGUCAAAGCGAAGAAGGGUCGCGGUCAGAUCUUCGCUGACACCAUCUCUUCAAUGCUCGUCACAAAUCCCGUCGUCAUUGCGGAUCGCAACAACCACCAAAAGCGCGAGCGCGACCAGAUCAUCAACGACAUCUCCAAGACCGUACCUGAUGCCCGGUUCGUCGCGCUACACUAUGUGCACGAUCGAUCCAACUACGACCGCAUCCGACAAGCAACACAGAAGCGCGUACUCGAUCGUGGAGACAACCAUCAGACGAUCCAAGCAGGCUCGAAAGGCAGGGGCGAGAUUGUCGAGAUCAUGGAAGGUUUCAUGCAUCGCUUCCAACCAGUCGACCCUUCAGACAAGCCAGAUGAUCUGUUCGAUCUCGUCAUCGACCUCGAUCCUACAGUCGACUCGCGCGAGAACCUCGAGACCAUCAUCGCGAAGAUGUUCGAGACCUACCCAGCCCUGUUCGCCGGUAAGGAGAUGCCGACGGACCCCGACAUGGACGCCGCCAUCCAGUGGGCCAUGAACGACUACACACCAGACUUUAAGAUGGAUCUGUCCCAAGGUAAUAAGAACAACCAGAGGGGCAACCAGAACGGUCAACGAGCAGCCCACAACCAGCAAAACCAGCCCGCACCAAAGCCCAAGAAAGCGCCACGCAUGGAGUACUUCUCCGUCCGCCUCGACCCCGGCCGCAUCAACGCGAUUCUCGAAUCCUUGUUCAGAGAUAAAGACGCAAACACCGCAAGCAUGUACAAGCAACUCAAGCAAAACAAGCGCGUCCAAAACGAAUUCCACGUCACCCUCAUCCACCGCGCGUCUGCGUCUCAAAACCAGGCAUACUGGGACAAACUCAGCAAACUCCACGAAACCGCACAGCGAACCAACACUACAGGGACCUGGGAGCCAGAACUAGGAAAAUGCGACGUACAAAUGGAGCGAAUAGUAUGGGACGACCGCAUCAUGUGCUUCGUCGUGCGUCUAAACGGCUCUAGCUCCCUUCAAAUCGACAGCGCGGCGGGCACAACGACGGAGGAGUUGCUCUUUACAACUGUGAAUCCUACCGCGCACGUUACAGUCGGUACAGCGGCCCAGAAUAUCAAGCCCAUGGAGAGCAACGCGCUUCUCCAGCGCUGGCUCAACGCUGGCUCCGGGGGCGAUACUGGUAUUGGUGAGAUCAGCGUGAGGGGGAACCAGGUCCUGCAGGGGAGUGUGAGGGGCGUGUUGGGUCGGAUGUAG